GAAAUAACAGGUCAUAUGCUAGAGAUUAGAGAGGAUUUACACUCGUUAGGAGUUAGGCCUUACUAUUAGCUAGCCAUGUGUAUAAUUUUUGCAUGACCUGAUCUUUUCACCGUUCUUUUCAGCUAUAUAUCUAGUUCCACCAUGAUGUCCUUAGAAUACUUGCAAUUAAUUUCCUAAAUACAUCAUAGAAAUAUGAAGUUUCUUAUAGCAACUCUUUCUCUUCUUUUCCUUGUUCUUGCUUCAUCCUUUGUUCAUCCAUCUCUGGCUCUUGCUGAUGCAGUCAAGUCCAACACCAAUUCGUUUUGUGGCUCCAAGUGUGGGAUUAGAUGCAGUAAAUCUGGACAUGAAGACUGCAUGAAAUUUUGCUUACUUUGCUGCGAGAAGUGCAAUUGUGUUCCAUCAGGGACUUAUGGCAACAAACAUGAAUGUCCUUGCUACAGAGACAUGAGGAAUUCUAAGGGCACUUCAAAGUGCCCUUAAAUAUGAUUAUUACCGUAAUCUUACAAAUUAAUUGUCAUAGAGUUAUUUUAAUUGGCAAUAUGACAACUAAAUCCGGAGUUAGAUAAUAUGAUUUUAAGAGUAAUUAGUCAUUAUGUGCGAAAUAAAUGUUGGUGUCACAUGAACAUCAAUUUAGGCAAUUGCAUAAUAGUGUAGCGUAUCGAAUUUCUUAUGGUAUUGGUAAUAUAAGAUGUAACAUGUAAGUGUGUUUUACCUCUUCUGUUUUAAAAUAUAGUUUUUAUUUUAUUUUUUUAUGGUAAUUUAUGUAAGUGCUUCCUCCAUUCCAAAAUAUAGUUCUCAUUUCAUUUUGUACA